CUCCGAGAGUGGGGAAGGCAGCUGGAGAAGAAUUUGACUCAGGAGAUGGUUGCGAAGGAUUAUCCUGGAUUAAACGAUAAGCAGUCGUAUGAAUCGUUCAAGCGGAAAUGGAUGUACCUGUUUGCCUAUGCUGGAGCAGGCUUUGCUAAGGGCUACAUUACGUGCCAUAUGCUGACAUUCAUUCGAGAGAAUGAUGUGCCUGAGAUGUGCGACUGAGCACAAUUUUGCAUUCUGAUGGAACUGGUUUUCUUCAGACUUGUGGAGCACUGGG